GCUGUUGGCGCUCUUCGGACAGUCCGCCGUCGAUCCUUGCUGUCAGCUGGGAGUUCUCGUCAGAUGGUGUCGUGAAUCCCGUUAAAUCACAUCGAUCAGUGCGCGACGGAGACAGAAUCAAGAUGAGCGGUGGUAUGCCAGAGCUGGGCUCGAAGAUCAGCUUGAUCUCGAAAGCAGAUAUUCGCUAUGAGGGCCGACUGUUCACUGUCGAUCCGCAGGAGUGCACGAUUGCCCUGGCUAACGUGCGCUCCUUUGGUACUGAGGACCGAGAAACUCAACUUCCUGUGGCACCACAAAAUCAAGUGUAUGAAUAUAUCUUGUUUCGUGGAUCUGACAUCAAAGACAUCAGAGUUGUCAAUAAUGUUAGUUCUAUUCCCAAUGAUCCAGCUAUCGUGCAGAUGACAGUGCAGCCAUCUAUGGGUCAGCAAUCAUAUCAACCACAGCCCAGUUAUGGCCAUCCGAUGAUGGGCCAGAUGGGCCCAAUGGGUGGCCAAUAUGGAGCUCCCUAUGGCAUGGGUAUGGGAGCCAUGGGCCCGGUAAUGGGAAUGCAGACUGCAGCUAGAGAUCCUCGCGGAACAAUUAAUAAACAGCAAAGUGAGUUGAGCUUGGGCUCCGCUGAACCCAAUGCCAUCUCUAUCCCAAACUCACUGCCAACGGCCAAUAUCGACCCAUUACCAAAAGAUCAAUCUCUGGAAGAUGGUGUAUUGGAUCUCAUCAGUGGUGGUUCUCGUUCUACCACUCCUACAUCAUCCUUACUGACAAGGAAAAGCCCAACUAUGGAUCAAGGUAUUCAGGUAGGACAUGAACAGCAAUCGCAGCAGCAGAAUAGUAACAUUGGAAAAUUGAAUGAUAAGUCGAACAUCAGGACUGUCCAACCGCCUCGUCGAGAUCAUGAUAGUCACGGAGGUGCUAAGACCAAUAUGGGCAUGUCUCAAUAUAACGAUGCAAAGAGAGACAUGAUGAAACAAGAUCAUAACCAAGGUCAUGGUCAAGGCGGUCGGGGUAAUCGCGGUCAUCCCCAAGGUGGUUGGAUGAAUCGCGGCAACAUGAGAGGUAGAGGAGGAGGUAGAGGACGCGGUAAUUUCCGUACGAUUCAAGCAGGCAACGCUGGUGCCAAGCCUAAGAAUACACUCAAAUUUGACAAUGACUAUGAUUUUGAACAAGCCAACACUGAGUUCGAAGAGUUGAGAUCGCAAUUGGCAAAGACGAAGAUUGAUGGCGCUGAUAAUGAGAAAAAAGACGACAGUGGGAAUGAAACAGGCGCGGGUGAAGGUGAACCUGAAGAAGAACCAGAGAUUGUUCACUAUGAUAAAUCGAAGUCAUUCUUUGAUAAUAUUAGCUGUGAAGCUGUCGAAAGGAGUAAAGGGCGAUUCCAACGUACGGAUUGGAGAACGGAACGAAAGCUGAAUUCGGAAACGUUUGGCGUAGCUUCCACGAGACGCGGAGGAUUCCGCGGCCGUGGUUAUUUCACUCGCGGAAUGGGAAACAUGUACAGAGGCAGCGGUGGUGGUAAUCCUGGUUUCCGGGGUGGCUAUCGAGGUAGCAGGGGCGGUAAUCGAAAGCCUCCCAACCAACUACAGAGUAAUACGGUGAGUCAAAAUCGCGCGACCAACGAACAGUCUGCUUCUCAAUCGCAGACGAACGUUAUUUAAAUAUAAAGGAAGAAUGUAAUUUAUCACCGGUACGGCGUAAAAGAGUAUAAGUAAUAUGCCGCGAAAUAUGAGCGAUGCGCUGCUAUAUAUAAGUAUUGAACUAUAGAUUAAGAUUUUUACGAUAUGUGGUCUACCGUUACGGACUGAUUUGGGUUAAAAUUUGGCAAUUGAAUAACAAAAGAUACACGCGGCCGGCGUAAUUGUAGAUUAUAUUGUAUAAGAAAGCGUGCUUUUUUUUCUUGCAAGCGCCGAACCGGUGGUUACGUGUGGAGUUAAAUGACAAGAAUCGCACAUAUGGACGUUUCUAGCGCAUAUGACUCUUUGCAUCGAUAUUUUGCGACGAGAUCGAAGAAGGUACUUUUAGAGACAAAUUUUCUUAUCGCUUAGUCGACAAUGAUCACGAUGAGUUGGCGUUAAGAAAAAAAAAUACAUUUUCGUCAGGGAAGUAAGUCAAUUACAACUAGGAUGUUGUUCCUUAUCCUUCUUUUUUUAUAUUGAUACUUAUUUGUGGAUUCAGAUAUGUAAGAGAAUUUAAAAAAGAAAAUUAUAUGGGAAGGGAAAUAGUCAUAAGUUUUAUUUAAUUAGAAGUAUGUGUUUAUUGAUAAAAUUCUUAACGAGAUACUCUGAAGCCACACUUUAAACAAAUUAGUUUGUAGCUAGGAAAAAUUGUACAAUUCGAUCGUGAUCAUUCUUCAGUCCGGUUUUCUCAAGACUUGACUAUAAAUAAUUAUGGAAUGGCUUUAUGAUGAUGGUGACUUGAUGAUACUGGUCGUUAUGGAAUAGCUGGUUUGUAUCCGUAUAUCGGAAGUGGAUGGUAACAGACGUGCAUAAAAGUACUUUCUCAUCAAAGUAUGUAAAAAUCGAUUGUAUCUAAUUGCAUUUGUCGAGAAUAGAAAUACUGUGAAAUAUAUAGUACAAGGCAAAUUUGGCGAAAAAAAGAUAUCCUUUUAUUUUGUUUUGUUUUUUCUUUUUUUUUUUGAGUAUAUGCAGACAAAAUUCUUCAAGUGCUUAGCAUGGAAUUCAUGUAAACAUAUAAUUUUAUUAAGAUAGAUGAGUAUAUAAUAAGUGAGAAAAUGAGAGAAAACCAGUUUAUAUAGAAUUUUUGUAUUAUUAAAUUGGAAGCUUGCGGUCUGUUUAUUCUUACUUUGUAAGAUCUGCGUCUAGAAUUAUGAAAGUUGUAAGCGUCAGUCGUAUUGUUGUAAGUAGCUAAGUUCUAAAUCAUGUUACAUUAUUGUCAUCGUGUUCUAAACUAAGGAUUCAUCGAUUGCUCUCGAAUAUAUUGAGUAUUUUCAUUAAAUGGAACUCUAAAUCUACAUUAUGUCAUCAAUGAUAAAUUAUAUUAAAUUUAUAAUUUAUAAUGCCUAUUAAAAUCAAUGUUUUUCGAAGAUACACAUUAUUUAUAAUUAUAUCUUAAAUCAAUAUUUUGCCAAUUAUAUAUGUACAUCUUUUUUUUCUCUCUAAUACUCUGAUAAUACACAUACUUAGGAAAAAAGAGACUUAUAUUCAAUAUACAUAUAUAUGGAGGACAAACAAUGUAUUUAAAUAAUUAUUUAUGUUAAAUAAUAAUCAUACGUAUAUUCAAGUCAAAUCAUAAUUUUUUAAUUGAUUUUUCUUUUUAUAUAUUUAUUCAAGCGUUCUAGUCUUGAAACAAAAACAAUUUUCGGUAUACAUAAACAAUGAACUGGGUUUGUAUACGUUAACUGUAAAACUAAUCAUGGCAAAGAUUUCCAAAGUGUUAAAUGCAUAAAGAUAAUUUUUGUCAUUAUAAUUCGAUUGUAGUUGACUAUUCACGCUUUCGAAGAAUCCUUUUUGAUACACGACAAUGCGCGUAGAAUUGUGUUAAAUGGCGAUACGAAUAAGACUAAAAGCAUGAUAAUGUCCUUAAAAAUAUAAGACGUGGAAGAAACAGAAUAAGAAUAUUAUUUGCGACUAUUAUUUUUCUAUGGCUCGUAUGGAGUCCAACUCAUACAGAUAUUAUAUAAAUACAUACAUAACAUACACACACAUACACACAUAACUUGAAAUUUAUAUAACUGAUAAGCAAAUCUCCAAUAAGCUAUCAGAGGAAACGCAGAGUAAAAUAAAACGAAUCAUAGGAAAUAUAAAACGAAAUACGCAAAUAGAAAAUACAGUGGUGAGAAAAUUUAACUUUUAAGUUUCAUGCCUCGUGCAUAUGAAAGAAAUAAAAUAUAAUAUACGCGAGAAUGAAUUUUUGUUUUGUACAGCGGAUAUAUUGUGAUUCCCGAUACUGAAUAAUAUUGAAAUGAUGAAAUAACACGUCGUCGUGUCAUUUCCAAUUUCCUACGCACUUUUCCAUAAUACUCGAGUGUAAAAUAAACAUUUUCUUGUUUCUUCA